AUGAAUGUGGGCCAGGACACGGCGAGAACGCACACACCUGCUAAACACCGUUUGCGUAUGGUCGAGAUGGCAGUCAGGAAGAAUUUCUGGAUAAGGGCUGGCGGCUUCGAGUGCAAGCAGCGAAGUCCGAUCAGACAGUUAGCAGUUCUCAAACACUACCAGGAGAAGUUGUCGCAUAAGCACGACGAAACGAUUCGGGUGAUGUACGUCUGCGGAAGUGAAGUACUAGAAGAUCUUGUUGCUCCACACCCAGAGAACCCGACCGCGCUACGCCGUGGUGAAUCCGUGAAAUACUGUCUGGAUGAUGAUGUCAUUGAAUAUAUCAACGAGCACAACUUGUAUAAAACAACAUUGAUAAACGGUGAUGAACAAGAAAUGCCUUCAGAGGCACCUCAAAGCACCUGCACCGAAAUCGUCAGCAGCGCACUCAUAGGAAAUAGGAUUCUAUCAUCGAAAUGGCACACGAAAGCCUCGGCAGACUCAUCCUGCGAAAGCUGCAGUAGCAGUCUUGAAGCGUCUGAACCACAGUUCCUCUCGCGAAAUAUACCACCCUCUCGAUUUCCGACAUCAUCUGAUCGACAUGCGGUGAUAUGUUCGGAUAAGAAAGCUGAACACAUCCCAUCCCCUUCUAAGGAAGAAACGAACAAACUGGAAUGUGAUGCAAUAGUACCGACGAGUACUGCAGAGCACAGCACGAGUCAAAUGACUGUGACGUCUUGUGCCAAGGAAAAGAUCUCAGCCACCAUUACGCUAUCUUCGAAGAACACCAAGCGCAGCGGUGAGUUCCUCAAGGAGAACUGCGUCGACCAAAUACCUGAGAAACUGUCGUCGUCGAUGUUUACGAGGCCGAUUCUUAGUCAGGCAAAGCCAGCGACAAACUCACCAUUAUUUGACAACAAGUCAUCCGACUGUGAUAAGGUGCCAAAUUGUAUGGUCUCAUCCGUCACUCUGGACGUCGAAAAAAAGCUGAGAGGCCUAGCAGAUAGUCCUUCAUACGAUAAUGUGACUUUGGACGACCUACUAAUAGCCACCACCUCGUGGGCUGACUAUCUCCAAGGAGAAAGCGAGCGAAUUGAAGGUUUAAAUAACAGAAAAGUGACAGAAACUCAAGCAAACAACGAAAGCUACAAAGAACCAGCAGUACCGAGCGAUCCACCAUCAUGCAAUACUUCGUGCACAGGAGAGAAGGACAAGAAGCGCAGCUGGUUUUUCAACAGCAAGAAGAGCUUAAAAGAGCCCAAACCUCCAGAAGAAGACCAACAUCCAAUGCAGAUGUGCGCGACCGAUCGACGACAACAAAAACAGACGCUUUCAGAGAUCCUUUGGCGGAUGAAUAGCCAAUCGAAAGGCAAAGAACGAUGGUCCGAGAUACUUCCGCCAUCAUGUUCACCGCCACACUGUUUGCGGCACUCUGAACAAUAUACCGCGAUGUUACGUAACGAGCCAAACAGUAGCACAUCCCGACUGACGAAUCUGCCAGAAGACGAGCAACAAACCGAAACACCAGAUCCUACACUACCAAACAACGUUGGAACGGCACGGUCGCACUCUGAGGCUACUACCACCGUCGAUGACGGAGUCACACUACGUUACCGAUGCUACAAUCUCACUUCAACGCCUGAAACCACCGUGUAA